GAGCACUGAAAGAUGGGUCUUCAGUCGGAAAGGAGAAAGCAGGCACCAUGGUUUUUGGGAUUGCUUUGGGAGUUUCAAUUCUGUUCAAUUUCGACCCAAUGCCAGAGAAAGCCGGCAAAUCCAAGCGCUGUCUUGACACUAGCACCGGGGCCAAUGAAACCAGCUGGUACAAUGCAGAGGACCAUUGGGAGGAAAUUCGAUCAUUCUGCAAAUCUUGGGACGGCGUCAGAAACCUGAACCUGGUCAGUGUUUUUGACCGCUCCAAGAAGAUGUCGCAGAAGUGGGUCCGGCAGGGCCUGGCAGCCGCGGCCUACGACAUCAACCAUGAUGCUGUGGGUAUGGACUUAGUCACCCACAUUGGAUUUUUCACCUUGCUCUCCUUGUUGAUGCAGUUGCUUCCUGGGGCACUGAGCUUUUGGGCUCCACCAUGUUCCUUGUUUAUCUUUCUCACAUCAUCCUUGCAUUUGAGGCACCUCUAUGGACCCCGUGGAAAUGUGGCCCAAUAUGCUGUGUGCCUCUCAAACAGGAUCAGCAUGAACGCUUGCAUGGCCCUGAAAGCCACCUUGAAGUUCCGAUCAGACUGCCAGAUAAUGGCAGAACAGCCUAGUGGAAGUUGGCUCUUCAAGGACGAUCAUUGGCAGAAGAUCAUAGCUGGUUUUCAUUUGCACAAAAGUCUCACCUAUCAAGGACUUUUUGGAUGCCCAAUUCCCAAGCCGACACACCUGUUGCAUUCGUUUCGCAGAGAUGCCACGUUUGCUCGGAAGUUGACGAAGAAGCUGCGGGAGAAGCACAGGUUCAACAAAGAUGCCCAGAAAGUGUACUACAUCAAGAGUUCUGUGCUGCAGCAGGAACAUCACAGAAAGGAGAUGUUACUGCAAAAGGUGCUGCAGCAGGAACAUCACAGAAAGGAGAUGUUACUGCAAAAGGUGCUGAAGCAGGAACAUCACAGAAAGGAGAUGUUACUGCAAAAGGUGCUGCUUCCAUCUGAUUUGGUGUUGGAUGUGGGUCUUAUGAAAACCAGCGAAUCGGAGCUUGUGGGCGACAAGCUCUCCCGAGGUGAUCACAAUGGUGCAGCGGGUGGGCCUGCUGAAACUGGUGUGAGCACAGGUGCUGAAGCAGCAACAUCACAGGGUGGAGAUGCCACUGCAAAAGGUGCUGAAGCAGCAACAUCACAGGGUGGAGAUGCCACUGCAAAAGGUGUGCUGGAGCAUCAAGUUCACGAGGUGGAGAUGUCACUCCAAAAGGUGCUGAAGCAGCAACAUCACAGGGUGGAGAUGUCACUCCAAAAGGUGCUGAAGCAGCAACAUCACAGGGUGGAGAUGUCACUCCAAAAGGUGCUGAAGCAGCAACAUCACAGGGUGGAGAUGUCACUCCAAAAGGUGCUGGAGGAUCAAGAUCACAGGGUGGAGAUGCCACUGCAAAAGGUGCUGCUUCCAUCUGAUUUGGUGCUGGAUAUGGGGUCAACAUGGUUCCAGAUGGUUCCAGCGGGUGCUGAACUGACUCCUCCAAAGGCUUCGAAACCUGCGGCCCCGACUGUUUGGAGCGCAUUGGACGAUGCCCUCCAGGGGUGGGAUGUGAUGGUAUCCAUGCAGGACAACCCUGUUCCGCAAGUUGAGAACCCUCAAACACCAUUGAGGUCCAGACAAGGUGCUGCUUUCGAGGACAAGCUGGGCGAACACAUGAGGGCCUGGGCACAGCGUAUGGCCCAGAAUGCCACUUACCUUGAGUUUCCAGAUGUUUUCUUGCUCGCACACCUGAAGAAGCUGAACUUCAAGUUCUUUGUCUACUGCGAAGGACACAUGAACUUGCUCGAUCCCAAUGAAUUUGUCUCUGCGAUCCUCCCGGAUGGUCUCUGGUCGAAUGACUCUGGAGCUGAGGACUCUGAGGAAUGUUUGGUUUGUAUCCUCUGCAACGUGGAUUUUGACAAAGAUGUCAAUCUGGAUGAGUGCCUGCACUGGAUCCCAGGAUGGUUUUCCAAAGAUCUUCCACAUGCACAGGAACUGAGCAAUCAGUGGCUUUCUGACUUUGAGGACCUUGAACACAAGGAGCUAGUGGACUUGAACGAGAAAAAAGACUAUGCCUUGGAGGAGGUUGUGGCAAAUGCUCUGGAGUUUGACAUUGCUCGCUGUGAGCGCCGCUUGUCCAAUUACAAGGACAUGGUCCAGACCAUGCAGGCAGACCAUGGAAUCAUUUGCCACGACACCUGCAAGGAUGGCAACUGCGCCGUUGAUAUGCUUUGGCAUUUGCUGAAGCCUCCAGACCAGAAAGCCAUGGAGCAUGUUGAUGUACGGGAAUGUACCACCCUCAGGGCUGAUUUGCGAGUCUGCUGGGAGAGUGCGGUGGAGUCACCACAGUGGAGGAUUGCUUUUUCUCACUUUUGUGCAGGCCAUGUGGAGCCUGACGGGCAGCCGGAGGAUUCUCAAGCUGGUCCUGACAAUGCUGGUGAGGUAGAAGCUCCACCUGCAGACGAGGUGAUCACAACACCUCCCCACAGCAAGAAGAAGCCUGAGUGCCCAUUCACACCUGAUCCUCUCGACAAGAAGGGGGCCCUUGUGGCCGGGCAAGAGGACCUUGACGGAGUUGUGGUCAUCCCUGGACAGAACGAAGGUGGACCUGCCAAAAAGAGACGGACUGGAAAGCCUAGUCCACCUGAGGCAGUGAUCAACAUUGACCAGUAUGUUGGGCAGAUGCUAUCCGACAAGGGCAUCACCUACCGCACUUGGUUGUCACAACACAAGCAGAUGAUCAUCAUUGUGAGAGGUACACAGUUCUGCAACAAUGCUCCCUGGCAUGUCUUCUUCUCCAAGCUUAACGCAGGCUUCGACCAGGCCUCUCUUGUGGCCCAUGUGCGCGAACUUCAGGAGAAAGUGCAGAAAGACUUGGGCCAGGCAACCACUAUCAAGGGCCUCAAGCCUCUCAAGCCACCUUCACAGCCUGCAGAGCAAACCAAGGUCAAGAGAGAGCCAGAUGAUAAAGAGGAGUCAGAAACCAAGCGCAUCAAGGUCGAGAAGUCCGAGGAUGAGGCUGAGGAUAGUGCCGACAUGGUUCAGCCUGGUGUGGCAGAGAUAGCAGUUGAGGCAGAGGCAUUGCUGGAUAAGACGCAGUUGAUGGAACUUCACGGGGUGAAAAAGCUUCCAAAAGGAGACAGCGGCAAAAAAAACCCUGUAUGGUGCAAAUUCUGCCAAGUCACCUUGGAAGGCAAGGGGAGAGCCAAAGUGUGGCAACAUGUCAGGGGACAGGCGCACCGUGCAGCUAGGCAACGUGCGAUGAAGACUGAGGAUGACAAGGUGAAAGUGGAGCCUGCUGAUGAAAAGACAGUGGCAAUGGACCUUGGUGUGUGCCUGGGACCCCGACUGAAUUCAGAGCUGGGCAAGAUGACACGUCUCGGCAAUGAUUUGAGGCCUUUGUGGGAUGAGUAUGCCAAAUACCAUGACUUUGCUCCGGGAUGCACAGCUUUGCCAAACCAGCAGAUCCACAAGAUCACCCAUAAUUGCCGUGAUGGUGACUGGGUGCUGCAGCACCGAAAGUGUUGCGAUAACCAGGAGAGAAAACCAGUCCGCCACCAUGGCACAGAUGAGAGCACUUGUGCAGAUUGCCUGCAGUUGGCUGGUGACCAAAAGUUCAUCACACGGCUUGCUUCCACGUUGGUGGACAUGGAGGCUGCCAGGCUCCUUUGGCACAAGAUGUUCGCUGCUGACAAGUUGGAGGCAUUCGAGACUGAUCUGAGGAACUCACUGCUCUACCAACGCAGGUGCAAGUCUGUGUUGGAUCACAUCAUGGGCUUGUCUGACAAGGAACUCCAUGCUAAGGUCUCUGCUAGCUGGUGGGGAAGAACAUCACAGAGAAUGGUGGAGGCCAUGAAAGGAUUCUUUUGGUCUACGGUGAAACCUUGUGUGGAAGUUGAGCCUGGGUGCAACCUUCGUGAUGUGCAGCUGCAAAAGCUUCUGGAUUACAUGCGCUCGGACCCCAAUGCAUCAUCCAGGGACUUGCAGAUUGUGAAAGCCGUCGUGUGUGGUGAAAUUCACCGACACCCAGCCAUCCAGGGCAUCAUGCUGGCUUGCAUGAACAGGGUGGAGAAGGAAGACAGCAAGAACAGGACAUUUCGGAACCGGCACCGUGAAGAGCAUGAAAGGAACCUGUUGCUCGAAGCUGGUGCUGAGCUCUCGGCUUGGGGUGCCAAUCCUCGUUGCUUGGCCUUUUUUGGCAUCAAGUACAUGCAGCAGGAGCAGUUCUAUGGGACUUUGGAGCACAUUGGCAAAUGGGGGCUACCGACCUUCUUGUCUCCAGACAGCGCGACUCUGAAGCAGAACAGCCAUGUCCUGAGCACUAUCUACACCCGGGGAGAAGAUGUGCCACACAGGCGACUUGUCUUGGCAUAUGACAGGACAUACCUGAUUGCCACAACUCAGCUGGUCAGAACCCAUGUUGGAUCAGUGCUCGCAGGAGGCGCACAUCGGCCACCAGGCUGGGAGCUCCCCGAUGAAAGCAUGUUUGUCCUUGAUCGGAGCAAAGGGGAUCAGCAGUUUGAGAUGAAAAAAAGGCAAAAGGCUGGAGAGAUGGCCUCGUUCCUUUGCUGGGAUUCGACAAGAGCCAGCUCCCCAAAAAUCGAGGCAGGCAGCUAUCCAGUACUUGCAGCAGCGAGCAGGCAUGCUAGCUUUGAGGAGAAAUUUCCUACUCCGACCCAUAGCCGUGGCAAGUUCGAGAUGAUGGCAAGAUUGGGCCAGGUGCUUGAAGCGACAACAUGCAUUCGCUUUUUCAUCAUGGAUGGGGCAGGAGCACACGAAUGGUGCCACCGUGCUUUGCUUGGGCAGGCGCUGCCACUCUCAGAAGAUUUGAUGGACUGCCUGCCUUUCUGGAAGUCUUUGUCCUUCCAGGACUUGCCAAUCAGUGAUUAUGCCCUAGGCUACCGAGUGGUGCUGGUCGGCCAGGAACCCAUUAGCUACCUUCCCGGAAUUGCUCACUUGGCCAAAAACUUUGUUGAGCAAUGCCGUUCCUCUCUCCGGACCAUUGUGUUCGGCAAGCUCAAGGUGGACAGCUCUGCAAGCCUACAGUUGGGCAUGUGGCCUGCGGCAUACGUAGGCAAUGAUGCGAUGAGCGAUGCCCAGGCAGCUCUUUGGCUCUCUCCCAUGAAUUUUGCUCUCGAUCCCUUCAGCGAGCGCAUCCAAGUGCCAUGGAUGCUGGAAGGGGCAUUCAUCAUGAGUCUGAUUCUGGCCCACGUGCAGGCUGCCUACCUUCACUCAAGCAACUGCCGCAAGUGGAGGUUGCAGACCGCUCUCACAGGACUAUUUCUGCUUGACUUUGGAUCAUUGGUUGCUUCCUUGGAAGCAAUGGAGAUGAACCAGAAGAAGAAAAGCUGUUGGAUUGACCAGCGCACCCACAAGGGCCUGCGAGAUGCUGCUGCUGCCAUCGCGAUGGCAUGUCUCACUGUGCAGUCCUCCAUUUGCUGGAAGUCUUUGACUGAGAGGAACUUGGAGGCAAGAUUCGGGAGAGUGAGAAGCAUGUUCCCCAACUUCAAGCUCAGUGCUGCAGACUUCUGGAGGUCAAGCGCAACCAAUAUGCGCAAAGAGCUGAAAACGUGGAGAGACCAAGAAGGAUCACCAGUCGUGCAGGACUCUGGACCAGUCAGCUCCACCACCUUUGCAGAGGUCACAGAUACUGCGUUUGCAGCUGCCUUGAAGAUGAUGUCCUUGUGCUCAGGCAGAUCGGAGCAAGAUCUGCGAUCAACCUAUGUCAUGUCCAAAAGUUGCAGCAAGUUGAGGGCAUCUGCCAUGAAUGAGGACUGUGAUGACCAGGAUCAAGAUGGCCCUGAUCCACCUGAAACAACAGCAGAGGACCUUAUGCAUCAUGUCCGGGAUUCCCAGGCAUUGUCGAGAGCCAUGGAUGUAGAUGGAGAGGGAGACCCUGAGAUCAAAUGUGAUGAUGCCCGGGGCAUGCUCUUGCAUGAGAGGUCCAAAGGUCAUCGUGGAGACCCGAAGAUAGCAGCAGCGACUGCAGAGGUUUGUGACAUGGGCACUGAUGAGCCUCCAAAGGCCACUGCUGCUGAGGCAGUGCACCCACAAGAAAAAUUGCAGAAGGAGAUCGAAACCCUCAAGAAGAACACCUUGGCGGCUGCCUUGCAAUCCUGUGAAAACUUGGAAGCUGCAAAGCAUGGGCUGUGGCUGUUGCUGUGCUACCUACGCCUUGGCCCCAGAGGCUGCGACAGCGAGGUGGUGAAAAGUCACUACCACACCCGGGCAUCGCUUCAGACCAAGGUUCAGAAAUGGCAUGAUGCAGUUCGGCAUCAAAUUGCAGUGGUGGAAGCCCAAGAACGAAUGCCGGCGACAAGAUCUAGCCGUGUCGCAGGUUGGGUCCAGAAUUGCGAGCAGCUACGAGAGCAGCACAUGCCAACUUUGCCUUCCACUCUGUCCAUGCACACAGGGCAGGUCAUUGCGGCCUAUGCCCACAAGACUUGGCAUCCUGCCUUGAUCUUGAGCGUGUGGAGGGCCUACAAGAAAGGCACUGGUUCUCAGCUGGCUUGGCGGGAAAUUUCCCGUGGUGCAGUCAACUGGCGCACGGGUGGUGCUGACAUGCGCCAGAAGAAAGGCAUCGAUGGAACCAAGAUCCAGCUGACAGAG